UCGAAGGCGAUCGAUCGGGAAACGGCCAAUGGUGCGAGUCAUUUACAAUACCGUCAUUUGUCAUUAUUCGGUGGUCUGUACGGUAUGCUCGCACAGUCUGUUAAAUUUCUUAGUCAUGAAAAUUACUUAUUUACUAAGUUACGCAUUUAAUUGACUACGAAGAUGAGUCCUGUAGGCUCCUCGGGCAGCUGAAUUAUUAUUGUUGCUGUAAUCGUUUCGGCGCGCUUAUGAGAAUAGUGUAAUUCCGAAGGUUAUAUGGUAAUCAUACUGAAGAAAUAAAUGAUUUUCAUCUGAUAAAAAUAUCUAAACUAAUAUGGAUUCAUCGGAAGAUACUCACAAUUCUGAUAGUGAGAUAAAUGAUCAACUAAAUAUUAUCAGUAGUACAAGUGGUGUAGAAGUUCAGCCAAUAAACCAAACUAUUGCAACUACUUCUGUUUCAAAUUCGAUAGAUAGUGCAAUAGAUCACAAAAUAAGUAGUUCAUUAGAUAACAGCAGUAGUACAAGUGGUAUAGAAGUUACCAAAUCAAAUGAAUUUACUUUAAUUAAUGUACAAGAACAAAACAAAACUGAAAGUUUUCAACUUGUUGAAAUACCUAAACUGGUGCCAGUAAAGCAAAUAAUUGCAACGACUUCUGUUAUAAAUUCAUCUAAAAUAAAUGAAAAGAAUUUAAAAGCUCACAACAUAAACAAUUCAUUGGAACAAAAGAAAAUUGAAAAUUUUAAAAUCAUUGAUAAUAAUGUUGAAAUACCUGUACAACGGGCAGUGCCAUUAGCCAAAGUGAUACAAAAUACUUUUCUUAUUAAUGCACCUAGGAAAAAUGAAAACAAUAUAGAACCUCAUAAUUCUCGUUGUGGCUUGGGGGGCUCAUUGGAUAAUAAUAAUAGUACACGUGGUAUAGAAGUUUCCAAAUUAAAUAAAUCUACUUCAACUAAAGUACAAGAACAAAACAAAACAGUACAUUUUAAGACUGUUGAUAAUAAUGAUGUUAAAAUAUCUAAUCAACAGAAUCCAUUAAAGAAAGUGAUUGCAACUACAUAUGUUAUAAAUGCACCUAAGAAAAAUGAAAAUAUAUAUAUAAGACCGAACAAUUAUCCUUUAAAUUUAGAAAAAAUUGCUGUUCCAAAAACAGUUCUUUCUAAUGUGAAAUUGAUUCCUCCAACUUCAUCUAGCCAAAUUAAAAAACCACAAACAAUCUCUUUAAUACCCGGAACUGGACUUGUCAAACCAACAAAUACUACAAUUAUUACAAGGUUACAACCCAAGUUUAGUGGAUUUACUAAUAAAUGUGUUCCAACAUUGAAACACGGAUUCAAAAUAGUAUCUUCAAGUGAACCUAAGUCUAAAAUGUUUUUGCUUCCGAAAGGAGUUAAUUAUAUAAUAAAAACAUUGAAUAAAGAAGAAGUGAACAACCAAUCAUUGCCGAGUUUUAGUUCUACAUCAACUAUGUUAAAAACAUUGAAUAAAGAAGAAGUGAACAACCAAUCAUUGCCAAGUUCUAGUUCUACAUCAACUAUGUUAAAAACAUUGAAUAAAGAAGAAGUCAAAAACCAAUCAUUGCCAAGUUUUAGUUCUACAUCAACUACGUUAAAAACAUUAAAUAAAGUAGAAGUGGACAACCAAUCAAUGCCAAAUUUUAGUUGUACAUCAACGUUAAAACCAUUGAAUAAAGGAGAAGUGAACAACCAAUCAUUGCCGAGUUUUAGUUCUACAUCAACUACGUUAAAACCAUUGAAUAAAGGAGAAGUGAACAACCAAUCAUUACCGAGUUUUAGUUCUACAUCAACUACGUUAAAAACAUUAAAUAAAGUAGAAGUCAAAAAACAAUCAUUGCCAAGUUUUAGUUCUACAUCAACUAUGUUAAAACCAUCGAAUAAAGAAGAAAUCAAAAACCAGUUAUUGCCAAGUCUUAGUUCUACAUCAACUAUGUUAAAACCAUUGAAUUCUAUAAUACCAAUAACAGUUGCUGAAAAGUUUAAUACAAUUGAAAAACCAAAAAUUCAAAAUAGGAAUUCAAAAUUUGUUGUUCGCUGGAAAGAAUUUCAGAAUCAAAGAUACCAAGUUCUACCAAAUGAAAAAACCAUAAUUAAUGAAAAUAACAGACAUUUAUUUGAAUCAAACAAACAUUUUGAACUUUUAUUUCCACGUUCUUCAAAAUCAUUUAUUAGAAAUCAGAAAAGGAGUCUUAAAUCGCAUACAGAUACACCAAAGUCCAAAGUAAUUAAGAUCACAGAUACUUCAGAGUCUAACCAUGUUCAACAAAAAAUUGAACAAACAUUCAGAACAUCAGCAUUAAAUAAAAUCAAAAAUUCCACUGAUUUUGGCGGUACAAGUGGAAAGAAAAAGUGUAUACCCCAUACUAUUACGAGUAAAGAUGUAAUUGAUAAUAAUACAAACUUGGUUAUUGAAAAUAAGAAAACUAAAUUAAAUACUGAAUUGUGCACUCCGUCUGGAUUUAUUCAACUGUCAUCAAGGCCCGAAUCUUCAAUACUUAAAACAUAUGGUCAAUCAUUAACUGUCACAAAAUAUGGUAAUUUUUCUAAUAAUGAAUUAAGUACCGUUAGAUUAGUACCUUAUGGUUCAAUUAACCAAUCACAAACAAAAGGAGAUGGUAAACAAUUAUUUAUAAAAAUUUUGAAAAAUAAUGGUAGUACUUCCAACGGUACUAUUGCUACAGUUACUACUGAUAAAAUAAUGAAAGUAAUUCCUACUAAAGUUUAUGCACCACAAAAUACAAAGAUAGCAGCUAAAGAAAACCAAAAAAAAAUACUUUUGUCAAAACCAAAAACUAUAAAAUUAUUUUUGCCAAAAGAUACUAAAAAAGAAGAACAAACUCCAGGUCCCUGUGAAAAUGUAUUUAUUCAUUGUCAAUAUGAAUAUUGUAGAGCAUUAGUAAGUGAAUCUGAAAUGAUUGACAAAAUGUAUUGUAGUUUGGUAUGUAAAAAGUUAGAUACCAAACUAAGGUUAGCUACAGAAAAGACUGUUGUCAUUGCACAACCACAGGAGGAAUCACAAAAAAAACCCGUCAUUGAUCGAAAAUUGCUUUUAGCCAAAUUGAAAAGUAGAAUUAAUAAAAGAAAGCAAAGUUUAUCAACACUCGGAAAAGAAAAUGAAGCUCAACCAAUUGAUUUGGGUAAAGUUGUUCAGCCUGAUAAUGAUGCCUGCCAGAUGCCACCACCAAUACCAAUAACUGUAAAACGUUCUUUCCAAAAAUCUGAAAAGAAAAGAAAAUCAAGUAGACCUACAACAUUUAUUGAAAACCAUAAACAAGAAAAUGCAAAAAUAUUGAGCUAUUUGGAACACACUAAUUAUAUACCUGCUCCAAAAAAAUUGUUUGAUGAUCCUUUUCCAUCUGAUUGUAACCCUUUUAAAGUUGGACAAAGAUUAGAAGGUAUUGAUCCAGAACACGAAGCAUUAUUUUGUGUUAUGACUGUGGUAGAAGUUGUUGGAUAUCGCAUUAAGCUACAUUUUGAUGGCUACCAGGAUAAAUAUGAUUUUUGGGUAAAUGCAAAUUGCCCAGAUUUGUUUUUUCCUCGGUGGUGUGAACAAAACUCUCGCACUUUACAGCCACCAAAAAAUUAUAAUCGGAAAUUCAGUUGGACUGAUUAUCUUAGAUUACCUGGUGUUACGCCUGCUCCUAAAUGGAAUUUUCCCUGUGCAAUAUAUAUUGUCAAUCGUGAAAUAGAACACUUAUUCCGUAUUGGAGCUAAAUUAGAAGCUUUAGAUAAAUUAACCCGCACUCUACCACAACAGCUUAUAUGUGUUGCUACUGUUGCUGAUAUUUUGGGUAAUCGUAUACGUAUCCAUUUUGAUGGUUGGACAGAUGAUUUUGACUAUUGGACGGAUAUCACAUCAACUAAUAUACAUCCAGUUGGAUGGUGUGAUAAAAAUGGUCGUACUUUAUGCCCACCUCAUGGUUACGAUAAUUGUAGAGGGAAAAAACCUUUUUCUUGGCCUACAUACUUAAAAGAAACUAAUAGUGAACCUGUACCAGAAGACGCAUUUGCUCGUAGACCAUUACGAGAAUUUACUAAUAGUAUGGCAAUUGAAGUAGUUGAUAUUGCUAAUCCUUCAUUAGUAAGAAUUGCUAAAGUAGUAGAUGUUAAAGGGGAUGAACUUAAAAUACUUUAUGAUGGAUUUGAUUCCAUAUAUGCGUAUUGGAUUGAAGACGAUAGUCCAAAUAUUCAUCCAGUUGGAUGGUGUUUAAAAACUAAUCACCCAAUUGAACUAUUUAAAGUAAGUGCAGAACUCUGGAGUUGCAGAGUUCCUGGUUGUAAUGGUAAAGGCAAUUCAAAUAGUUCCAAAAAUACUCAUGUAUUUGCCAAAGAUUGUCCAUAUGAAUUUGAGUCUUGGAAUAAAUCAAUUUCUAGGACGACCCACACUCCUGAUAGAUUAAAACCUGAUGACAUUCCAGUUUCAGUGGCAAGGAGUUCAAAACCUAUGAUUAUACGUAGAGAGAAUAAGAAAAAACAAAAAUCUAAGUUAAAUAAAAUGAAAAGUUACAACUUAAAUAAACCCAAAAUAAGAAGAGUCAACAACAAAUUAAAAAAGAAUUUUAAUAAAAAGAUACCAAGUGGACGUUCUAAAACUGUUUAUAAAAGAGUUAUUGAAGCAAUGGACGAUUUAGAAAUGAUUAAAGGUGAUAAUGACUAUACCAGCUAUGGUUAUGGCUCUUUUAAACAACCAAGGCUUAAUGUGUGGGUCAGACAUAAUGUUCUACAAGGUAUACCAUUGUUUAAUAUUUCUGAUGUAAGAAAAUGGUCUGUCGAAGAAGUAGCUACUUUUGUCGAAAAAAUAGUAUCUAAUAAUUACACAGACAAUGAUCCCUCUGAACUAAUCAAAAUAUCUAAACCUUUUAUAAAUCAGGAAAUUGAUGGUGAUGUAUUUUUAAUGUUAACUAAAGAAGAUUUGACAAAUAAAUUAAACAUUCCUCUCGGACCAGCACUAAAACUGCACAAUGUCAUUGUAGUGUUGAGACAAAGAACUUCUGCUUAUGACAUUGCAAAUGAACUGAUAAGAAAAAAAUAAGUUAAACCAUUAUCAUAAAAUUGUAUUUCAUUUCUCAUUUUGUAUUUUAUUACUUUUUUAAGUUUAAAAAUUUUAAGUAUUGUAUUGUGCAUUUUAAUUUGAUGCCUUUUCUUUUUAAGAUUUUAUGUGUUCCUCACAGUAAAUAAUAGUUACUUUUGUAUUUUUGAUGUGGUAUAAAAAAAUGUAUACAUAUAUUACAAAAUAAAAAUUUGUUCUCAAUAACUUAGGCAAUUUUUUAGCUACAGUAUACAUAGUAUACAUACAUCUGUUUAUUAUAUAUUUAUUUACAAUGGUUCACAAAGCAUAAUUAACAUUGGAAUAAAUAUUUUUUGCACAACCUAAAGAUAGCUUUGUUACCAUAUACAAUAUACAUAUAUUAUAGUAUAGUAUACGUAUAUCGUAUAUAUAAUUUAAUUAAUAUUUUGAAUAUUACAUUUUAUUAUAUAUUAUUAUAGCCUAUUUAAACUUAUUACUGUAACUCGUCGUUCUAUUAAUGUUAAAUUUGUAAACUACUAAAUUAAUUAUUAGUUAUAAUUCAAUUUUAUAUGUAUAAUUUAUAAAUCAUUUGAGAAGUUAAGCAUGUUAGAAUAUAUUUGUUUUUGUGUAUUCCUUUUUCUUGCUAUAAUAUAAAUAAUUCAGUGAUUUUUAUACAUUCCAUCUUUUGGAUUAAAUUAAUUUUAUUAUUUCAGCUUAAGCAAGACAAAGAAAUGCAAUUUUCUUAAGUCAACUUUUUUUCAAUUGAGUUAAAAUAAAUUAAUGAACAUUUUAAGUGUCAUAACUUUCAUGAAUGAGUUAAGUUGAUUUGAGAAAAAAAAUUGCAUUAAAUAUUAUAAUAAGUGAGGAUUAUUUAGUAGUAAUUUACUAGUUUUUAAUUUGAUACACCUGUGGUCUUAUCUAAUGAUUGUAGAUACAUACAUUAUGUGUACAAUUUGAAUUUAACGAUGUAUUUAUCAUAGUAUAAUUGUUUAUAAUACAAAACAAUUCUAAGCUGAGACUCAUGAGAUUGUCUUUUAUUUUAGU